CUGUGCUGAUGCGGCGAGGGGCGGGGCCGGUAACGCGGUGCCCGCAGACAUAGAGACAGCAGCAUCCGCCAUCUUAUCUCUGUACCGGGUACCGGGACCGCCGCGCUCGCCGCACCGAGGAGCUCGGGACCGACGCCUGACAGCCCUCCCACGUCUGGCCGCUCCCAUCACCAAGGGAGGGCGGAGAAGAUGCCGGGGAUGUGGCGGUGCUCCCCGGCCUGCCUGCUGCUCGUCACCGGGAUAGUGUGCGGGGCAUGGGCCGCCCGAGUUAAUAAACAUAAACCAUGGAUUGAAACGACGUAUCACGGGAUUGUUACGGAAAACGAUAAUGCGGUUCUGCUGGACCCUCCUCUAAUAGCACUAGACAAGGAUGCUCCCCUACGUUACGCAGAGAGUUUUGAGGUGACAGUCACCAAAGAAGGCGAGAUCUGCGGCUUUAAGAUACAUGAGCAGGAUGUGCCGUUUGAGGCGGUGGUGGUGGAUAAGAGCACGGGAGAAGGGGUGAUCCGCACCACGGAGAAGCUGGACUGUGAAUUACAAAAAGACUACACCUUUACCAUCCAGGCGUACGAUUGCGGCAAAGGACCCGAUGGCUCAAACGCCAAAAAGUCCCACAAGGCAACGGUGCACAUCCAAGUGAAUGACGUGAACGAAUACGCCCCGGUCUUUAAGGAGAAGUCGUACAAAGCGACGGCCAUCGAGGGAAAGAAAUAUGACAAUAUCCUGAAGGUGGAAGCUGUGGAUGCCGACUUCCCCCAGUUCAGCCAGAUCUGCAGCUAUGAGAUCGUAACGCCCGAUGUACCUUUCACCAUUGAUAAGGACGGUUAUAUCAAGAACACGGAGAAGCUGAACUACGGCAAGGAGCGUCAGUAUAAACUGACAGUGACGGCCUAUGACUGCGGGAAGAAGAGGGCCACCGAGGACAUAUUGGUGAAAAUCAACAUUAAGCCAACAUGUAAAGCCAGCUGGCAGGGUUGGAGUAAGAGAAUAGAGUAUGAGCCUGGCACUGGAUCGUUGGCACUGUUCCCUGGCAUGCACCUGGAGACCUGCGAUGAGCCAAUCACUUCAAUUCAAGCAACUGUACAGCUGGAAACCAGCCACAUUGGCAAAGGGUGCGACAGAGAUACAUACUCCGAGAAGUCCCUCCACAGGCUGUGUGGAGCUACUUCUAACACCGCCGAGCUGCUGCCCCCUCCCAGCGCCGCUUCCAACUGGACCGUGGGGCUGUCUACAGAUAACGGACAUGACAGCGACCAGGUGUUUGAGUUUAAUGGCACGCAGGCGGUGAAGAUCCCCGACGGAGUUGUGACCACUGACCUGAAAGAGCCAUUUGUGAUAUCUGUCUGGAUGAGACACGGACCAGGAGGACGGGAGAAGGAGACCAUCCUGUGUAAUUCUGACAAGACAGAUAUGAAUCGUCACCAUUACUCUCUCUACAUUCACAACUGCAAGCUGGGAUUCCUGUUUCGCCAAGAGCCCUCCGAGCAGAACGCCUAUAAACCCGCAGAGUUCCACUGGAAGUUAAACCAGGCCUGCGACAAGGAAUGGCAUCACUACGUCCUCACUGUAGACGUUCCCACAGUCACUCUCUAUGUGGACGGUGUGCUGUAUGACCCCUUCACGGUGACCGAGGACUAUCCUCUACACCCUACGCAGCUGGACACCCAGCUCAUGGUCGGAGCUUGCUGGCAAGAGUACGCAGGAAGUGGGAAUGUCACUGAGCCAAUGACAGACAUUGAUGCAGGUGGCGAGCAGCACAUGGCCCAGUUUUUCAGAGGAAACCUGGCAGGAUUGAUGAUCCGCACCGGAAAACUAGAGAGCAAGAAGGUGAUAGAUUGUCUGUACACCUGCAAAGAGGGCCUGGACUUCCCCCCUGCAGAUGGCGUUGGGAAGGGCAUUAAGAUUAAUCUAAGUCCCAGCCAGUCCAGCCUGACACUGGAAGGAGAUGACAUUGACCGAUUUGACCAGGCCAUGCAGCAUAUUUCCUACCUGAACUCCCGCCAGUUCCCCACCCCUGGCAUCAGACGCUUGAAGGUCACCACCGCCGUCAAGUGCUUUAACGAGGAGACCUGUCUCAGCGUCCCGGAUGUGGAUGGCUACGUCAUGGUGCUGCAGCCCGAGGAGCCCAAGAUCAGCCUGAGCGGCAUCGAUCAUUUUGCCCGUUCCGCCUCAGAGUUUGAGAGCACAGAAGGGAUUUCUCUGUUCCCCGAGCUACAUCUCAUCAGCACCAUCACACGUGAGGUGGAGGCAGAAGGUGAAGGGGAUGACGAUCCGACAGUGCAAGAGUCCCUGGUGUCGGAGGAGAUCAUGCAUAACCUGGACACGUGUGAGAUCGGUGUGGUGGGAGAGGACCUGGAUCCCAAUACAGAGAGCCUGCAACUGGACCUGACUCACCUGCAGCAGAAAGGGAUGGAGAUGAGCAGCUCCAACCAGGGCAUGGUGAUCACAGGUGUGGACACAAUGGCACAUUACGAGGAGGUCCUGCACCUGGUCCGCUACAGGAACUGGAAUACCAUCUCGCUGUUUGAUAGGAAGUUUAAGCUGGUUUGCUCUGAGCUGAACGGGCGUUACAACAGUAAUGAGUUCCAGGUGGAGGUGAAUGUGAUUCACACCGCCAGCCCCGCAGAGGCCCCCAAUCACAUCGCAGCGCAGCCGCAGUUCGUCCAUCCCAUUGAUCAUUCCUAUGUCGACCUGUCCGGACACAACCUGGCCAGUCCUCACCCAGCGUCAGUUGUUCCCAGUGCAGCGACAAUUGUCAUAGUGGUCUGCGUGAGCUUCCUCGUCUUCAUGAUCAUUCUGGGAGUGUUCCGCAUCCGCGCCGCUCACCAGCGCACCAUCAGGGACCAAGAGGGCGGCAAGGAGAAUGAGAUGGACUGGGAUGACUCUGCUCUCACCAUCACUGUAAAUCCCAUGGAGACCUAUGAAGACCAGCACAGCAGUGAGGAAGAAGAGGAGGAGGAUGACGACGAGGAGAGUGAGGACGGGGAAGAUGACGACAUCACCAGUGCUGAAUCGGAGAGCAGUGAGGAAGAGGAGGGCGAGCAGGAAGAGGACCAGCAGAAUGUGAACCGGCAGCAGCAGCUGGAGUGGGAUGACUCCACCCUGACCUACUGAUCGCGGCCGCCAUCACCACCCAGUCACCACAGCACACACUCAUCUUCCUGCAGGCGCUGAAUCCAGCUGACACAUGGAGAAACGGUGCCCCCUCUUCUGCCUCCUGGUGGUUGGGGCAAGUGUCAGUGUUUUUUUUUCUCCAUCUUGCACUUUCCUUCCACAUUCUCUCCGUCGCUCAGUGACCGGAGGGACACGACGCUUUUCGGACUUCACUCAUCAUUCCUUAUUUCUGUUCCAAACGCUGCAAAAAUGAUGGUGACGGAUGUGGCUCAUAGACUCCGUGUAGACUGGUGAUUUUAUUGUUUGUUUUUACCCAAAUUACUGCAUGUCGGAUAUUGGCAGAAUUCACCCAGGAACUCGUUCUCUGUCCAAGGCGCCAGUUUCUCCUGGCAGCGGAAAAAGGCUACAGCUUACGAAACAAGGCAACGUUGCAAACCGCCACCCUGACCGUAAUGGGGGGCAAGUAGAGGACGACUAGUAACAGUAGUAAAAGACUUUUUAAUAUUUUGUUGUAAAUAUGUUGGAAUUAAUGUAAUUAUGUCCAUGUUUGGUGGGGUGAGGGGGAUUGGGAUCGUGGAAGGCAGGUUGGCACCUGUGCCAGUCCUGCGCAGCCUCAGUGAGGCGAUUCUCCAUGGCUGGCAGAGGUCUGCAGCCUCGCAGGCAGGAAUACAAGGUAGUGCAAGUCAGCUUUAAUACUCGCUCCACUGUGUCUGGGUGACAGAGCUGUAAUUAUUCCUAAUCCGGGCACCAGCACGCCAGACCUCAGUGGGGCAAGAGUGCAGCCCGGCCGCCUCUUUUCUCAGCUCGCGUUCAUCUGGGUACUUCUACCCUUCAGCCCCCAGUUGUGGACUUCCCUGCGAUAGUUCCUGGUAGAGGGGUAACUGCAAGACCUAUGAAAUAUUCUCUCCUGCCCAGCGGCAUGUAUUGUUUACAUGUAACUUUGUAUUUUUUCCCAAACUGGCUUAAAAUAAUAAUUCUGUAAAUUGUGCUUGAAGAAGAGAAACAAACCAUGUUGUAAAUGAAGUGAGGUUUGUUGAGCAAUGGGCGUCUUAUGGGCACCUGCGUAAUCACAAAUAAGUAACGCCCGUUUGUAGCCCGGAAUUAACUAGAGUAACCCGUGUUAUUCUGCUCUUCUGGAACUACAGGUCCCAGCAUUGCAUGCCAACCAAGUCAUGCUGUGACAUGAAGCUCUAUAGUUGCAGAGCUGCGCGUUUCCUGGCGCAGUCCUUUCCCGCCAGUAAGGACAUCUAUGUAUGACAUUCCGUAUGUCCUCCUAGAUGGUCACUGGUUAGGCCAAGGCUUACUUCUCUACAGCCGGCUACUACCAUUCCCAAUUAACUGCGCUAGAGAUUUGGGAAUUUUUUUUAAAAAAAACUACAGAUAUUUUAAAUAAGGGUUUCCUUAUAGGGGAAGCAUUUUACCCUCGCACAUCGGAUUUCCUGUCAGCUAGUCCUACUGACCAGUGAUGGCUAAUGGAUGAUAAGGUUACAUAAGCUGACCAGUACCCCCCCGUCUUGCGAUGGAAACGUCAGCAUGCGUUUGAGUGUUACAAGAUGCAUCUGCAUUCAGGUUGUGUGGCCCUCUGACACUGGAGGGGUGUGGGUGUACGUAGGAACAGGUGUUUUGUGCCAGGUAAGUGGAUGAUGUCAUUAAUCGGAAAUGGCGUUAUUUGUACGCUGUGAUAUGGUCCGAGAUGCAUUUUUUUUAAAGAAUAGAUUUUAGAUGAUUGGACAAUAAAAAUAAGAAAGUGGGGCCUUUUGUCGUCUGCGCCCAGUGGGGGGCGCCACCUCUGCGUGACGACAGCUGCAUUAGAAGGCUUGAAAGAUAAGUGAGAGUAUAUGGCUGCAAGUUGUAGGGCGAUGACCAGGUGAGAUGAGUAGGGGUCAGCGGUGUGCAGGUUUCAGGGUCUCCAUCCUACAUACAGUACGCCGCGGACCGCCUGGCUUAGGCUUUGUUUACCAUAAAUGUAAAUUCUUAGAUUUUUACGUAAGAUACGGGGAAAUGUUUUACUGACUUCUGUGAUAACGUGAUGAACAUAACUGCUAGCUCUUGUAACCGGGGGAUUUUACCUUUGUUCCCCCCACUUGUCCUGUGUCUAUGUUGUGUAGCUCUGUCCAUCCAUUCUAAUAUCACUGUAGCUGCUGUAUUUAGAUUUUACCAGCGAUGCGUCAUGUGUAACACAACCGCUAACGCUUUCUGAAUGCUGUAUGUAGGCGCAAUGGAUAUUAACUUUUCAGAUUUGUAUAUUGGUGAUAGGUCCGUUUGAACAGUCUAUAAGCUACAAUAAAUAUCUGGUUCUAA